CAAAAAGAUGUUGGAACUUGAGUUUUAAAACAAAGUUUAUUAUGUUUUUUAUAAUUAACUUAGUUAAAAAUCGCCAUAUACAAACACUAACUCGUUUAGAAAAUGUUAACUCAAAUAAUUUAAUUGUAAAUCUUAAUUCAAUAUCAAUAUUGUUUUCGAAUGACGUGUAAUGUUUCCAACGGUGGACUCCGAAGAUAUUUCGCAGGUCACGUCAUUAAAAGAAAAACCGAGUGUUUCUAGCGAUGUGCGAGACUCGUCUGAAAAUUCUCCAGAGACUCAACAAAACUAUAACAGGGAGUUAACUAUCAAUAUGUUGAUAAAGGAAAUGGUCUUUUUCAUCGCUCUGGCAUUGACGACUUAUGGAGCCCUUCAUAACACGCCAUCAAAGGUGUCAAAGCAUCCACAAGCAAUGAGGUUUUUUAAUUCAGGAUCAGUGGUGACAGAUUGGUACAGAGGGCAGCUGGGCAAUGCUUUGGCUGCUGUGAAUCUUGCUGAUGUGUCUUUCAUAAUGUACUAUGCCCCUUGGGAUGCUGAAUCACAGUUUGUUAGAGGAGAGUUUGAGCUAGCUGCUAAUAUUUUAAAAGAUAGAGUUCAUUUUUCAGCCAUCAAUUGCUGGAAUCCAGGCAGUGAAUGUAGAUUACAACAUAACAAAAUUCCAUCAUGGCCUAUUCUGAUGGCAUAUACAGUUAAUUCUAGAGGGGUUCUUUAUAAAGGUCCUAAAGAUGCACAUAGUAUGGUUAAUUUUUUGGAAUUGAUUAUGAAGCCUUUAGUAAGAAUAUCUUCAACUGAAGAUCUAGUUCAUUAUUUAUCUAUUCAUGAUGCUGUGGCUGUUGGUUAUACACCAUUAAGUGACACAUCUAGAUAUUAUAACACAUGGUACAAUGUGGCUCUAAAGUCACGGGAGUUUGAUACAGUGGGAGAGAUAUGUUUUGCUGUUGUAACAUCUGCAGAUUUAGCUGCAGAUCUAGGUGUUGGGAAUCUACCCAAUGCCCGUCUCAUGCUUUGGAAUGACACAAAGGAAUUUAAAGUAGAGGACAGCAAUAAUACAUGGAAUGAAUCUACUCUUCAGGAAGUUGCAAUGGAAUACUAUAAUUGUAAGAAUAAUGAUAGCAAUCAAUGGAUAACUGAAUUAAUAAAACUACAACAAGUACAAAGGCUGAUAUACCAGCAAAAAGAUCAAAUACAAUUUUGCGAAAAUCACAAGUUUAAAUCAAUAAGAAAACCAAGUAAAUUGUAUAAGAAAGAAAUUGUAUCCAACAAUAAUAAAUAUCCUUGGAACAAUGUAACUCAAAAAAGUCAGAAAAAUGGUGUCUUUGAUUUUAUACUUAAGCAAGGAUUGGCCGUAUCAAAAGUUAUGCAAAGUGCAAGUGAUGAUUUACCCAUGUUGUCCUCUUUGGAUGUACUAAAUGAAUGCAGUACUAAGUUCCUACCGGCAGAGAAGAGUUUUUACGAAAACUAUGAGAAAUGUCAGAUGUUUGAUGAUAAUAUAAAUAAAGACCAGGAUGUAGAGACGGAACAAUCUAACAUAGAAACAACAAUGUUGCCAGAUGAAGACGAUCUGCUUUCCACGGAAAAUUUAAUAGAAGAACAUUUGAAGCAUUCCUGUCGAUUACUAAAGUUUGCUCAACAACUGACUCCCGCUGUACGGCCUGCUAGAGUGAGAGGCAACAUCACUCAUAUAGAUGGCCUCUCGUGUGCUACCAAUACUAGUUUGUACAUGAUUGCACUAGACUCUGUUCAAAAUCAUCACUUCGCUGAAGCACUGGGCAUUGAUGUUAUCAAUAUGAAGGAUAUGACCGCUGUUGUUAUAUUAGAUAGUAAGAGUGGCAAUCAAUACGUACUUAAAGAAGAAUACAGCGCGAAGUCGGUGCGUGACUUUAUAUCAAAGUUCCAUGAGCGAGGUUUGAAGCCGACGUUGCGGUCACACGUCGCGGCCACGCACACGCACUACUACGGCUCCAGCACUAACCUGCAGCUCGGAGAAGUUAUCAAUAUCACCGAUCUCACAUCUCGCACAUUCAGAAAAUUUAUUACAAGUCCAGGCACGGUGAACUUUGUGUGCGUGUGCCUGGGUUCUUGUGGCGCGCACGUGAGCCGCGCGCUGCUGGGGGCCGCGCGAUUGCUCAAUGCGUGCGGCGUGCGCGCGCGUCCUGCACGCAUUGAUGCCGCGCGGCACGACCUGCCCGCGAAAUACGACGUGCAUCACCUCCCCGCACUCCUCGUCUUCCUUGCUGAUGGCAAAGGCGAGGCGGAGAGUCGGGCGUACCCGGUGGGCGCGCGCGUGUCCGCCAGCGGUCUCGCGGCGCUUGCGAUGCGCUCGCUCGGCGCACCGCAACACCUCACAGUGCGACUCGCGCUCUGCUCACACCAUGCAAACAUGGAAAAGAAGUCGUGUCUGAGAGAUAUAAGGGAACAAACAACAACCAUGAUUGGUAGAAACUUAAAAUAUUGGCGUCGAACUGACGUCAGGGAGCUGAAGGAUUCCUUUUACAAAAGACUGCAACAUUUAAAUCAAGUGUCUCUACAACUCAGCUUCCUUCAUACGUCCGAUCUCAAGGAAAAUAAUCCGAAACUAGUUUCACUUAUAAAUUCCAUUAAAGAAUUAUCCAAAGUGUGGGAAGUUGAUAUUUCGAUGUUAAGAAAAAAUGCUGCCGCAACAACAAGAUGAUAUUAGAUAGAUAUUGUAAAUAGUGUAUAUUUCAUCAUUUUGUAACAUUCGAAACAUGUUGUUAAUAUUUAAAAUAUCAAAGAAUUAUUAUAAUGU